GGUGGAUGUAAUGAAGAUGGGAGGUUUAUCCAGAGCUGAGUGGAGGUUGCCGAAUUCUGGAGAGGGGAAAUGGGGUCAGUGAUAGGGGCAGGGCAGUGAAGCGCCGGUUUUGGGGCAAAGUUUCAGCGAAGUUUUCCUAACUUCGCAGGUGCCAAGUUGCAAAUCUGAACUUUUCCUGUGGAUUGGGUUUGGUCUGAGAAGUUGAUGCUUUUUCUACAAAGAAUAAAGCUCAAUUUUAACCCCCAUAAUCAAAAAAAAAUGUAUCUUGCAAAGAAAAGCCUUUUGUGAUUUAAUUUUGAGAUGUCGUCACCGGAUUGAAGUUUACUGAGUUCUCUCCUGUCCUACCUCUGUGGCACUAAACUGCCAGUUAGACCUGUGUGUGUGGAGCUGACCCACUUCUGCUGGAACCCCGAACAAGCCGCACAAGGCACUGGGCUCCUUGGUUAAAUGAAGAAACCCAGUUCAAUCCUGGAGUGACCAAAGGUGUCCUGUGAUAUGUGGAGAUCAGCCAGGUCCUUGAGAAAACAAGCCUAAAAGUUUUGAAUCCUGAGCAAUUGAAAAAAUGGCAGGCCUGCAGUUAGAUACACCCUCGCCAGCAUCACUUUGGUUGCUUAUCCCAAUUUUCGUUGGAUUGUUGCUUAGUGUUGUACUGGGGCUCACUGUAGACUUUCUAAAGGAUUGCUGCAAGAAAACAUUCUCAAAGGAAAAUGAGAAAGAUGACAGCAAAAGUAAAAUUCCUAGGGAACCUGCUAGUCCAGAUUCCCAAUCAGAGUCCAGUUCUGGCCCGAAGAAGAUCAGAUUUACCGAGGACGUUUUACUGUCCAAACUGCCUCCUGAUGGCAGGGAGGUGCCCUUUGUGCUACCAAAUUUAAAAGCAACCUAUGUACAACCCAGCUUUAACUGGAACUAUGAAGACACCGUGCCAGGUUUCUCAAGAGCUCAUUAUACUGAAAGAAAGCUGGAGCUAUCCAAUCCACGUAAACACAUGCAAGACUUCGAUGAAGUCUAUAAUCCUAAUUAUAUGUUGCAGCACACCACCCCAGGAUUGGGUAAACAUGUGCUACCUAAGGGAAAACUCAGUAGUCCAUCUGAAUCAGCGUGGGAUUUGAGGAGCAUAAAAAUGAAUAAUGCACAAGGCUUAAGCAUAUCCAUGUUUGAUCUUACAAAUCCACAGCGAGUACAGAGGUUUAGUUCAACAUCAAGUAUUAACAGCACGUUAUCUUCUUUGAUGGAUUCCCAGGGAAGCUCUCGCAGUGUAGAUACACUCUUCGAUGACUUUGGAAAACUCAACCUGAAACUGUGUUACAAACCAGAUGUGGAACAAAUCUGGAUCACUGUGGUACAGGUUGAAGAUUUGUACCUGCGUAGCAAGCCUACAGAGAAAGUUAAUGUUUAUCUUAAAGGAACAAUAACACUACCAAAGCCUGUGCACUUCAAAUCUUCUGUGAAGGUUGCUGCCAGUAAUUUGGUGUUCUUGGAAACCUUUGUGUUCAAUAUCAAACUGCCUAUUCUCCAAACACAUGGCCUUGUCAUCAACAUUGUGACUCAGGUCCCACGGAAGAGAGUUAUUGGUGAAUGCUCAUUGUCACUUAGAGAAUUAAGCGAUGUGGAGUCAAACAUCUGGCUUGAUAUUACUCCACCUUCAAAGACCCCAAGCUGUCAUGCACUUCUACGAUUAGGAACAUGUUUCCAAGCUGUCAGCAAUCGGAUCCAGCUACAAAUCCUGGAGGUACAAGAUCUGCCAACUUCCUCUACACCUCUGACAUUAAAUUUCUACGUGAAGGUAACAAUGGAAACUAGGGACGGACUAUUUGACAAGAAGAAGACUCGUCCUCUGAAAGCUGUGAAUGGUCAAGUGAAAUGGGGGGAAACAUUUCUGUUCCCUGUUAUUCAGAAUGAGCUCCAGAGAGUCAGUUUCAACCUGAAAGUCUACAGCAGAAGUUCAGUAAGAAGAAAACACCCCUUGGGGCAGGUGGUGAUUGGAUGGGACAGCAGUGGAGAGGCUUUGGAACAGUGGUAUGACAUGAGUGCAAAUCCAGAGAAAGUUGUUAUCAAGUGGCACAAACUGAGCCUCACCUGAGGUCAUUGUAUUUCGCUGAACUGCGCCUGUCCCAACAAGAACUGGGACUGAAGGAUGAACUGUGUCAUAGCAUCACCUGUUUUAUAAAUAGAUUUACAGGGAAUUCUAGUAUAAUGUUGCAUUCUUGAUUAUAAAGCCUUGGACUUUGUGGGGUACUGAAUACAAAAGGCAAGAAAAAAGCUUGUUGGAGGGCAUCACGGGAUUAGAAAUGACCACGUGAUCAACGAGAGUGAUUUUCCUAAGUCUGUGGAACUGUCUUACUGCCUUGUGAUGUGCCCCAAACUCUAUGAUAUACAAAACCUAAUACCUAAUUGGCUUAAUUUUUGUAGUUCAGCGAGUGAUCAGUGAUAGUUUCCUUCGUUCAUUACGCCAAUUUAAUAACCGCAGACGGGAGUGAUAUUGGGAUUCAUCUCAAUGUAUGUAAUAGUGAACUUCCACAGCUUCUGUGUGUUUGUGUUUUUUAUAUCUAUAUGUAUAUUUUAAAUAAUAGUUCUGAAAAACUGCACUUUUAUAUAAGUUAAAUAGAAGUCCUCCAUUUGUUUUUAACUUUUUAAGCACAACCUGAGCAUAAAUUGCCAGAUUCGAGAAUUCUGGAGACCAAAGCCUUCAAGUGGUUUUUGUAAUGAAGAAUACAAAUAUUCCCAUGCUGAGGACAAGUUAGGUGUUUAAUUUUACACUGAUGUGAUGUUAUCGGUGUGGUAGGAUAUCUAGACAAUAUACAAAAUGAAGUAUUUAAUCUGAGCAACACUCAAUGCUCUCCAUCUUACAUUUGAACUUUCUCUUAUACAGUAAUCAUCAUUCUGUAAGUAAAACAAAGUAGAUGAUUUCUCUGAAAACACUGUAUCGUCUUAUUAGGGAUAUAGGCAUAUUUUCCUGAAGCUUUUUUGCCUAUUAAAUAUCCCUUGGAGAUUGGAAUUUGUCUACCUGAA